AUGUCCGGACCUUCUCCCGCGCAGCAAGAGGUGAAGAAGUUCUCGCAAAUUUGUUCGCAAUGUAAAGUACAAACGACGUUAGUCGAAGACCACGCGCAAGGGGAUUUGAUUUGCACCGAGUGCGGUUUAGUCGUCGAAAGUCGAACGAUCGAUGAGUGUUCGGAAUGGAGAACGUUUUCAGAUUCGGACAAAGCGGGAGGUGAUCCGUCGAGAACCGUCGGUGCGACGAAUAACAUGCUUUCCGGGGGUGGUUUAAGCACAACUAUAGGACGAAAUCCAGACGGGACUUUUAACCAAACGCUGACGAGAUUGCACAACAGAGAAGGCAAUCCGGAUAAAGUUUUAAUGGCGGCAUUUUCGCAAAUUGGAGAUAUGGCGGACCGCAUGGCGAUGAAUCAAACCAUCAAGAGUGGAGCGUGUGAGUUAUAUAAAGUGGUGACGUCCUCGCACUCCACGCAAGGCAAAAGCUCGGUCGCUAUGUUUGCCGCGUGUUUAUACAUCGCUUGUCGACAAGAAGGUAAAACGAGAACGUUUAAAGAGAUUUGCGGCGCCGCCGUCGGUUCAACCGUAAAAGAGAUCGGGAGAUGUUACCGCUUCAUCAUACGCGUGUGUGAAGGAUUGGACUUACAAAUGCAAAUGAACGAGCAAAUGAUUACGCCAGAACUGCUCACGAAUCGCUUCUGCGGUAACUUGGGUUUGGCGAAUUCUGAAUUCAUUCGAGUGUGUAGUUCGGCGAUUCAAAAAUUCCGGGAAAUCAAAACGGGAGAGGGAUAUUCACAGAAACAGCCGGCGUCGAUAGCCGCGGCGGCGAUAUACUUAGCGACGAACAUAUUAGACAAAAAAGAUAUAGCCAAUGUGAGUCAAAUUUCAGCCGUGAGCGGAAUGGCGGAACAAACGAUACGAAAUUCGUACGUGGAUAUGCUCCCGUAUUUGGAAAGAUUACUACCAGAAGCGUACAACGACAGAGUGCAAGCGCUCUUGGCGAGCGUAGCGAGAAAACCUGCGGCUCUGUUGCCAUCAUCCGCGGCCUCGGACGAAGCGGCGGCGGCGGUGAAAUCUGAACCUGAUGCUCAUAAAAACGGAGAAGAGGAGACAAAAGUAGGAGAAGAGAUUAAGAAAGAAGAAGUAAAAGUAAAAAAAGAGGAAGAAAGCGUGGCUGCUGGCGUCGAAGCCGUUCCGGCUUCUUCCUAG